AUGGAAGGGGAGGACGCGAGCUCGGCGGCGGAGGCGGCGCUGGGGCUGAGCCCGCAGCUCUUCAUCAACGAGGUGCUCAACACCGUCGACGAGGUCCGCUGCCAGGCCUUCGAGCACGGCGCCCCCGAAGCCGUCGGCGCCGCCACGGCGGCCCAGAAGGCCCAGGAGCUGGAGCGUGGGGUAACUGAAAUUCACCACUUGGUAAGGGAUGUACUGGAUACGAGAAUGAGCAGGUGGGAGGCCUAUUGCCUUCGGCACUGUCUAACUGUACCUGAGGGAUUCGUGGCGCCUGAAGAUGAUAAUUCUUCUGCAAAGGUGUUGGAUAAAGAUGGAAAUCAUGAUUCGGAGCUGGAUGAAGAACUCAAUUUAUUGAGGAAAAAACUGGAAGCUGCUAACAAGGAAUCUGAAGAACUGCAAAGAGAGAUUUCUUCCUUGGAAAGGCAAACUACGUACAGGAGUACCCUUAAUUCCUCCAUAGCUGAAGUAGUGAAAUUGUUUGAAGACAAAUCUGUUCAGGACAAUAUUCAAGCUCUUGUGAACACACUACCGAAACUGCAACAGAAAAUGAAGGUUAUGAAAAGGAAAAAGGUUGAGGCUGAGAGCAUGGUGGGCCAAAAUGUUUUGAACAUCAGCGGUCUUAGAGACCAGAAGCGUUUAGCAUUGGGUUCUGCUGCCAGCACCGAAGACAUUCAGGAGGUGAACGAGGCUAUGAAUGGCUUGCGGAAGGAGUAGCUCGCGUUGUUAAGGCAGCCUUUGCCAUACCAGCAUGUAGGCUACUCAUCUCCUUAGCUCCGCUGUAAUCGUGCCAAGCUACACUCUCGCUAGCUGCCCAUGUGAUGU